UGGAUACGCGCAUUGUAUUGAAUGCGCACCAACAAUGCACACAGCUGAUUUCUUUGAUCACCCCUUCUGUAUAAUGCCAGAGAUAGUGGCAGGCACUGCAAUCAGCCGGAAUUCAAAUGACAGCACUCUUCAAACAGACUCUCGUUUGACUCCAGUCGUGGCGGUUACUGGCGGGCAGCGCGGUCACUAUUGUGCUCUGCAUGCUGCCUGUGCUGGCGUCCUUUCAAGAUCAGAAAUUGGGAUAUGCCGGCAGAAGACUCUGUGCGCGCCGCCCAGGAGAAGCCUUGUCAAGGCAGUUCAGCGCUAAUAGACGCAUAUGCAGCGCUAAUAGACGCAUGCAUGUCCAGUCAUGGCUCGAUCAACACAAGGCUUUCGCCUUGCUUCAGACCAGCACAGUGUUGGUUCCGCCUUCUGGGCGGUAGCAGGAGGCCCUUGAGGGCUGCAUGCAAGUGCGGUGGAUAAAAGCACUGGAAUGAAAGUAUUUUUUUACUUUAGUUGGUAGACAGGAUAGGAGAACUAUUGAGUAUUCUUUCAUGCAUGAUGUGCGACGUACUCAUGGCAUUAAAGUGUAUCUACCGCGUAGCAAUAGUAUUGGAUAGAUAUAUGAGUAGGGCAGUCAUUUCGCCAGAUGGAGUUCUAGAUCUAGCUAGCUACAAUACUCCAUUAAUGCAUUUGAAUUCAUUUUUUAGACGUUUCGGAUGCCGGAAAGCAGCUUCUUGUAGUGACAAUCGUGCCGAGUGCCAUUAAAACACUGACAAGCUUU